AUUUUAAUAAUUAGUUUUUGUGGGGUUACAAUUUUAUUAAAUGAAGACAUUUUAAAAAUGGGUCAACAAUGCUUAAUCUGGUUUACAUAAAAAAAAAUGUAUACAAUCAUAAUUUAUCAUCAAAACCCUUGUAUUUUAAUAUUCUAACAUAAAAUGUAAGUUUGCACUGUGAUGGACUGGCGACCUGCUUUUCGCCCAGUAAUCAGACCCACCGCGACCCUGAACAGAAUAAAGCGGUGGUAAUACAGAAAAUAAAUAAAUAAAUAAAUAUGUUUGCACGUGCAGUGUGUUUUUAAAACCCAUUACCGACUGUGUUCCAAUCCGCACACUGCAUCACUAAAUAGUGUGUGAGAAUAGAACUAACACCACGGGCACACGGUACAGCAGAGUGUGAAUUAGAACACAGCCUUAAAAUUACGGAACCCAGCCUGUGGUUGUGUUUCAAUCCGCUCUCACAAGUAAAAAGUGUGAAUUGCUAGUGCACUAAUGUGUAAUUUAGGAUCACACAGGUUUUAUAAUUCGGUUCUGAGUGAAAGUUCAAGAGAAUAAAGGUUAAGUCUUAUAAAAUGUUUGGUUUAGCGGUUCAGUUUGGGUAUAAAGCUGUUCUCAGAUCAGUUCAGAGUGUUGUACAGAAGCGCAGGGUGAUUGAUCUGUCAUAUUCUGAUCACUUUAUGGAUUAUAAUCGAUCAUCAAUACCGAGCCGCAUGAAGAAAAUGCUGGUGACCAAACUAAGUCCGAACUUCAGAGAUGCGGUUUCAGUUCUUACGGUACCAGUACCGAGCAUCAGUAAGCCCGGGGAUCUGCUCAUUCGAAACCGAUUUGUUGGAAUAAACGCGUCUGAUAUUAAUUAUUCGGCAGGACGUUACGACCCCUCUGUGACCCCGCCGUUUCCUGUAGGGUUCGAGGCUGUGGGAGAAGUGGUGGCACUGGGUUUGAGUGCCAGUUCCAGCUUCACUGUGGGUGAUACGGUAGCGUAUGUGAGUGAAGGAGCUUUUGCUGAGUACACAGUUGUACCCAUGAAGAAGGCAGUGCCAUUGCCAGCAGCUCGGCCUGAAGCACUAGCAGUGCUGGUGAGCGGAGCCACGGCGUUUAUUGCCCUACAGCGGCUCGGAGAACUUAAACAUGGUGAGACAGUGCUGGUUACAGCUGCUGCUGGAGGAACCGGACAAUAUGCCAUCCAGCUUGCCAAAAGAGCCGGCUGCCAUGUGGUGGGCACCUGCUCCACCCGCGAAAAGGUGGAGUUUUUGAAGAGCAUUGGCUGUGACAGGCCAAUCAACUACAAGGAGGAAGACCUGGCCGCUACGCUGCAUAAGGAGUACCCUAAAGGCGUGGAUGUGGUGUACGAGUCAGUAGGAGGGAGCACAUUUGACUUGGCUCUCAAUAACCUGGCGCAACAUGGCCGGCUACUGUUGGUGGGUUUUAUUUCAGGCUAUCAGAGUGAGUCAGGCCUGCCACCUAUCAGAGGAGCCACACUGCCUGCCAAACUGCUGCAGAAAUCAGCCAGUGUCAGGGGUUUCUUCCUGCCCCAUUUCCUUUCAGAGUACAUAGAGAGUGUGCGCAGCCUGGUGCAGAUGCAGCAGGAGGGGGCACUGAUGUGCGUGGUGGAUGAUGGGUGGAGGGAUGAGGGGGGCAGGUUUGAGGGACUGGAGUCAGUGUACAGAGCUAUCGAUUACCUGUACAGCGGCAAGAACAUUGGCAAAGUGGUGGUGGAACUCAAACAUCCAAUUAGCAGCAAGCUCUAAUCUAACAACCAAUCACCAUGAUUACUUAAAUCAGUUAGCACAAUGCUAAACUGGUAGCUAUACACUUGAAAUGAAAUUGUGAAAACAAUGUAAUGGUAUGUAAUAAAUCAAACAUCUACUGUCUGUACUGUUUUAUGUGAUUAAAAAUAGGACUGACAGUGCUAGUGCAGUUAAAGUAAAAGCACAACAAACCCCCAGCAUUUUCAAAUGUGUCCUUAAACUAACUAAUGAAAUAAAACUUGUAAAAUUAA